AUGGCUCGCACUCACACCGCCGCCAACGACUACGGUGCACCCGUGACAAACAACCGUUCAAACAAGCUCUACCGCCCUCUAAUCAUGGCAAACCACGUCCUACACUGGAUAUCCUCCAUCAUCGUACUCGGCAUCUCCGCCUACUUCAUCCACAGAUACAGACACAACACCCACCUAGUCUACUGGCUCUCCAUCGCCGCCGUCGACGCCCUCCUCUACAUCCCCGCCAUCGCUCUCCCCGCUAUGAAACGCUACAAAGGCCACGGCGCCCCCCUCGCCUGGAUCUUCUCCUACCUCUGGCUCACGGCCUUCAUCUUCGCCGCACAAGACUACAACUACGGUAGCUGUGCGCUGCGGUCCCCGGCGUUUGUGAACAAGUGCGCGCUUAAGAAGACGAUUGAGGCGUUUGCUUUUCUUGCUUUUUUCACUAAUGUUGUGGGUACGGCGCUGGAGGCUAGGUUGUAUGAUGUCAAUCGUGUCCGCGGUACCAAUGCAACUCUUGUCGAGGAUAAGCAUGCUGCCGGUGCGGUUCCGGUGACUUCUACGGCACCGCAUGGAACUACUACAACUGCGCCUGUCCACACUACUGUUUAG